AGAGCUUUUUGGAAAGGAAAAGCAAGGAAAAGCUUGUCUCUGUGAUUGAGCUGUGGAGAUAAAAAUAUCCAUUUUUUAUGUUAUAAACAGAAGAACAGAAGGGGAAGAGCAAAGCAGAGAAACUGAGAAACAUAGGACUUGUGAAGGGGAGAAUCUUGGCAUUUACUUCUACUUUUUUUGGGUUUUUACAGGGAGUUCUCUUUUCUGGAUUCCUUUGCUGGUUCAUGUAGAAAUGCAGGCACAGCUGGGUCUCUUACAGAUGGGUUUCCGGUGUGGAAGAUGGUGGUUUUGCUUGGUGGUCAAAGUCCUUUUUCUUGGGCUCUGAUGAUGGUUUUCCCAACAAGUUGGAAUUGGGCAUUGACCAAUUCCUGGUUUCACCAAUAAAAGAUAAGUGAAAUCAGGAUCAAAAGGGUUGGAAUUCCAACAUGCCUCUUCGUCUGAGAGGCAAAGCAGCCACCCGUUUUUGCAUGUUCUCAAAAGUGAAGCCGGAAAGCAUUGGUCCAGGCAACACCCCUGUUUAUCUUAAUGUGUAUGACUUGACACCCAUGAAUGGCUAUUUCUAUUGGGCAGGCAUGGGGAUCUUUCACUCUGGCGUGGAAGUUCAUGGUGUUGAAUAUGCCUUUGGGGCUCAUGACUACCCAACAAGUGGCGUCUUUGAGGUUGACCCUCGGCAGUGCCCUGGCUUCAAGUUUAGGAAGUCAAUAUUCAUGGGUAUGACAUGCUUGGAUCCCAUUCAGAUUAGGGAGUUCAUGGAACACCACUCUGCAAAUUACAAUGGUAAUAUGUAUCACUUGAUUGCUAAGAACUGCAACCAUUUUUGCAAAGAUAUCUGCUACAAGUUGACGGGGUACAAAAUUCCCAAAUGGGUAAAUCGACUUGCAAGAAUAGGGUCACGCUGCAACUGCAUACUGCCUGAGGCCCUUAAGGUAUCUGAUGUGCAUCAUGACUGCGAUUAUGAAGGAUAUGCCAGUGAGAAGAAAAGACUGAAAAAUGCCUUCAGUUGCUUGUCUUCAAUCUCAAUGCGGCAGAGGCAGUUACUGUCAUCUCCAUCGGCCUUCAAAGGGUGCCUACCAUCAUGGGAAUUAAGAAGGUCCAACAACAACUCAUUGAGAGAGAGGUGAAGAAGCACAUUCUCUUGCAUUCCACAGCCAAAAAAUAGAUUUUGACCAUUUUCCUGUAAGAAUUUGUAGGAGUGUUACCAGGGCUUCUUUUUUUUUUUUUCUGUCAUUAAGUGUGCCCAAGCUCCUCUAGUUUUUUGGGGAAUGCUUGAAAAGGAUGUUGCUUUGUAUGUCAAUGCUAGAAAUUGGUCUUCUUAUUGUUACUGUCCUAUCCUAAAUUUCUAGAGUGGAUUUGCCAUUGCAGCACAGUGUUAUGUUUAGGUUUCUCGAUGAGUUAAUCAUAUUCCGUCAUCAGUUAUUAGCAGAA